GAGAUGAAAAUACGGAUUUAACAAAUUAACGCACGAUGAUGUGCGAAAAGUAUCGCCUAAUAUAUAGCAAGCGAAUUUUGUUGCUCCAUCGAUGAAUCAAAAAAUUCGCCCGAUAUAUAGAGAAACUUGUAACUAACGAACUCUAUUUUAUUUCUUAGCGCUUGUUUUAUCACGUUUUACCAACGCGUCGUUUAGAUUAUACAUCACUUAUCAGUGACAUGCACGUUCUAAAAACACGCUGUUAAAUUUGUGUAACAUUGAAGAACGAAUUUCUCUCGAAUCCGUAAUCACUCUCGCAAUCGAAGCGCGGAUCAGGAAAAACGAUUUGCGCGAUACAUACUACGCCCAGCUGGUCGUAAGAUUCGCCGUCGGUGGGGUGAAGCACUCAAGAUCCCCAACCUCUUUCGCCUGGAUCUGACGCCAUGAUCUGUGUCGCCGUGUCAUAGCACGAAUUGCGAGUGUGUAGUGUACACGGAUUCAUCAUCACGUCGAGCACGACGCCAGAUCUCUUUUUAAUUAUGAGUGGUGUCAUUGGUCGCAAACUUUUCCUGAGGACGUAAAUCACAUCUGCGACGAUCGCUUAAUCCGCGAGAAAAUUACCGAGGGACUCGUCAGCGAGGACACGCCGGUCCCUGUGACCGGGGGCUUCGUUGUUUCUGGACUUUCUCACAUCCGAAUACGGAAACGGCCAGUUUCCCUUCUCCCCACCCCCCUUCACGCGAAUGACACAUCUUGAUGGAACGAUCCGAAAUCGUAAAUCAAGAAUAACGAGAAUGUCAGUGCCACCUCCUCCGCCACCUCUACAGGCCAACGCCUGUGGUCCGCCACCAAUGGCAGGUGACAACAGAAGCGCACUGUUGCAAUCCAUAAGGGUGGGUAAAACCCUGAAAAAGACUGUUACCAUGGAUAAAAGUGCACCUGCUUAUUCUGGAAAAGUAAUGGGCGAAGGAUCAAGCCCAUUAUUAAGUACUAAUAGUAAGAAUAACAACUUCAAUGUAGCGAAUAGCAGCAAUAAUUCCAGUAAUAGCGGGCCUAUGUCACUGGGUGGUUUAUUUGCGGGUGGUAUACCAAAAUUAAAACCCACAGGAUUGAGAGGAAAUAUAACCGAGAAAGAAGGACAAAAUACGAAUAAUUCUAGUUUUCUUCACUCGUCAUCUGGAUCGUCUCACAGUACGACAAGACGUGGUCCACCUCCGAUCCCACCACCGGCUACACAGAAGCCACAAUUAUACAGUCAGCAGGGGCAAAGUACUACUGAUUCCGCGGUGAGCAAUUCGGACACUAUGCCGAGAGGAUACGCGAAAUCAGUUGCGCCUAAAGCAGUGCCGUCUCUCACAUUGCAAAAGCCGUCGCCGCCACCUAAGAAUUUGAAUCUGACGAGCAGCGCGAGCGUAGCGAGAGCGCAAAGCAUGCGACUGCCACGUUCAUCUCCGGUUCUAGUAUCGACGCCGUCGUCCCUGCAUCAGUCGCAGGAUUGCUUGAAUGAAACAACCACGCCGCAACCUACAAGACCUGCAAAUCGAAUUCUUAGGCCUCCCGUAACGAGACCACCGUCGCCGCCAAUUUCUCGAGCGCACGCUAUGCCUACAAGACCGCCAUCUCCGCCGACUCCACGAGCAAAACCUCCAUCGCCGCCGAAUUCACGGCCGAGCACUACUCCCGCUACACCAGUAAUGAGAGCAGCUCCGCCGCCGCCGUCGAGAGUCACGGUUACUGCGCCAUGUAUACCACCACCGCCACCUCCAUUGCCUCAUCGUCCUGCACCUACGUUACAGAGACCGCCACCACCCCCUCCGACUCCUCCAACCAGAAGUUUAUCAGUGCGCAACGGUAGUGGUCAAGCUGUGGUAAGUUCUGUCGACCUGGAAGUACGAUUCGCCGAGAUGUUUCAUCCUGUGUCGAGUUUUCCGCAGCCGGAACCCUUCAAAGGCUUCGUCAAAGUUUACAGCAGUAGGAACGCAGCAAAGCAACACGCUCCAGCUCCACCUCUGCAAACGUCUUCUGCUCCUAAUACACUGCAUUCAUUAAAUACUUCGUCUGGGAAUAAACAGUGGCAAAACAAUGUAACCCCUUUGGCAUAUUGAUCACUUACAUAUACUUAAAUCAUUACUCAAUUGAGUGUAUUAAUUAAAAAUUUUCUCAAUGCUGCCACAAAACGUUAAACUAUAAAAUAGAUAUGAAAGAGAUAAAUCAACAGAGUAUAAUUGUGUAUGAGUAAGAGAAAGAGAAAAUGUGUGCGAGUGAGUGAUUUGCGAGCUCACUUAUAUAAUAAAACGUUUUAGACAAUAUUUUCUGUACAGUUUAUCUUAGAGAAAAAAAAUCUGUUUAAUAUACCUAGAUUUCAAUUACAUGUGUAAAAAAUCUUGUUAGAAAUUCUAGGCUUGUUAUUAUCUAUUAACAAAAGUGUAAAAGAUAUUAAAAUGAAAAAACAUAUCUUUCAUUCUAAAAUCAAUACUACUCUCAUUUAUCCUUCCUGCAAUCAUUGUACUAUAGUUUUCUUGUCAACUUUCGUAAACUUAGUAAAUAUUACACCAAUUCAUUAAUUUACAUCUAGUGUAUAAUAAAUAA